GAUCGUCAGCUGUUAGACAAGAUGGCGGCCGCCGUGUUCGGGAGGAGAGAACUUCUGAGAUCAGUGACGACGUCAGUAAACAGGUCCUGGUUCCACGGCGCGGGGGCGGUUCUGCAGCAGUCCGGUUCUGCCCCCCCCCAGGCGGCCCUCUUCCCGCCAGCUGAAGGCGCCAUGCUGCCGACAGGAAGCUUCAACAACCGAGUGGCGUUCAUCACCGGCGGCGGGACGGGACUGGGCCGAGCCAUGACCACCACGCUGUCCCAGCUGGGGGCGCAGUGUGUCAUCGCCAGCAGGAAGUUGGACGUCCUGCAGCAAACAGCCGAGGAGAUCAGCAGUCAGACGGGAAACAAGGUCCAUGCGGUCCAGUGUGAUGUCAAAGAUCCCGCGGCUGUUUCUCGUUGUGUGGACCAGAUGGAAGCUCUGACAGGACUUCCUGAUGUGAUAAUCAACAACGCAGCGGGAAACUUUGUGUGUCCGUCAGAACGUUUGUCUCCAAACGGCUGGAAGAGCAUUACGGACAUCGUCCUGAACGGGACGGCCUUCAUCACCCUGGAGCUGGGCAAGAGACUGAUCCACAAACAGAAAGGUGCGUCCUUCCUGGCCAUCACCACCAUCUACGCCGAGUCUGGUUCUGGUUUCGUGGUGCCGAGUGCGUCGGCGAAGGCUGGAGUCGAGGCGCUCUACAAGUCUCUGGCUGCAGAGUGGGGGCGUUACGGACACAGGUUCAACAUCAUCCAGCCUGGACCAAUCAGAACCAAGGGAGCGUUCAGCCGUCUGGACCCGACCGGAGCCUUUGAGAAAGCGAUGAUAGAUCGGAUUCCGACCGGCCGACUCGGAACUCCGGCGGAGAUUGCUAACCUGGCGGCGUACAUGAGCAGCGACUACGCUACCUGGAUGUCUGGAGCCGUGAUCCGGUUCGAUGGAGGAGAAUACGUGUCGAUGGCCGGAGAGUUUAACGAGCUGCGCAGGGUGACUCCAGAUCAGUGGAAGAUGAUGGAGGCGAUGAUCAGGAGCACCAAAGGAUCCUAAAAACACAACUACCAAUCAGAUCACCGCGUCCACCUGUUGAUGUCAUGAUGAUAGAACGACUGAUCUGUGAACUGGAAUACCCUAAAGCCAGUUAGCAUGUUAGCCAGUUAGCAUGUUAGCCUGUUAGCCUGUUAGCUUGUUAGCCUGUUAGCCUGUUAGCCAGUUAGCAUGUAGCUGCUCAGUGUAAACACAGAAAGAUGUUUCUGAAGUUUGAUAAUAAAACAAAUGUAACCCAGAAA